CUAUGAACGUUAAAAAAAAAACCGACUAAAGAAACUAUCUGCGCCAUUCUGUUAGCAAAGAACUUGGUAAAAUCUGAGACUCACAUGGCGGCGCUUAGGAAGAUUGUUAAAUCCUCCACUGGUAUCGAAAGCCGUUCCCUUAUUCCCCCGGCGCUUUUCAUAUCUUGCAGAGCUAUUGCCUCUAAGCUCUUCGUUGGAGGUUUAUCAUUUUCCACUUCAGAUGAGGGAUUAUCACAAACAUUUUCUCAAUACGGUCAAGUUAUUGAAGCCAAAGUUGUGAUGGACAGAGUUUCAGAUAGAUCAAAAGGGUUUGGAUUUGUGACAUUUGCAUCAGAAGAAGAGGCCGAGAAAGCCCUCACUGGGUUGAAUGGAAAGACAAUUAAUGGACGUGUAAUAUUUGUGGACUUUGCAAAACCCAAACCCAAAGACAAGUUUGAAAGUGGCGGAAUGCCCAUUGCAAGAGGACCUCCGGAACAAUUGUCUGACAGAGUCAAAGUCGAUUUCUUCAAUCAACAAGACAAUUAACACCUGAAAAUCACAUCUUUUAGAGUAAGAACAUGCACCAGAAUACUGCAUUCAUAAAAAUCUCUUGAAUAAGAUCAGCUAACUAUACCAUGUAUGUUCUUGAUAUUGCUAUGGAUCAGUGGUUUUUGUGGAUGUUGAAAUAGAUAUAAUAGUGUGAACCUAUUUUUAUCUUUGCGAUAUUUGGUUGUAAGAUUUGUUAAAAAUGCCAGUUUUGUGUUGAACUAGUUGAUAUCUGAAUUUUGCUAUGUCUGAAGAGUUACUAUCAAUUUUUAAUUUCUGAUUUUCUCUUUAA